UUUGUUGCUCAGAUGUUUGCGUUAAAUCGCUAAAUAUUGUGUUUGAAUGCCAAGUUCGGCAAGUGCUGAGAUAUCACAGAUACCGGUGAUAGCUGUGUUUGCUCUAGCAGUUUACCCACAAGUCCGAACAGUUCACAGCUACAAUAAGGAGUCCUACGGAGAAGCAACGGUGGAUCGAAUAAGCUGAACCAGGUACAACAAGAUGUACAGACACGGUUAUGGAGCAUAUUAGAUUCUACUAAAACUAAUCCCUCAUACUAUGGGCAAGCUCACACUACUCGCACUCCUACUAGUCGUCGGCGUGGCCCACAGCUCCAAUGAAGUCAUCGUUUCCGUAGCGCAAGGCAAAGUGCGUGGAGAGAAGAUCACAAUUCUAGGAACCACUGUUGCAGCUUACACCGGCAUACCUUACGCCCACCCCCCCGUCGGUGAACUGCGGUUCCGGAAACCUCAACCCCAAGUAAAAUGGGAGGGAAUUCAAGAUGCAACACACUGGGACAUUGCAUGCAAGCAGGCUCCGGUGGCGAAUUUGACGGACAAAGUGUUCAAAUACACGGAAGACUGUCUAGUGUUGAACGUUUGGUCGCCGGCGAAACGCACGGACCCAAAAUCUGUUGCUGUAUGGAUCCACGGCGGUGGCUUCAACUACGCGUCUUCUGCUUUCGACGUCUUCAACGGGUCGGUGCUCGCAGCUACACAAGACAUUGUGGUCGCAUCGAUUAACUACCGGCUAGGGAUUCUUGGCUUCCUUGAUGCUGAUGUUCCAGAGGCCCCUGGUAAUGUCGGUCUUUUCGACCAGGCGCUCGCGCUGAAGUGGAUCCAGGAAAAUAUACAUGCCUUCGGAGGUGACCCGAAGAGAGUCACGAUCAUGGGUGAGAGCGCAGGGUCCAUGAGCGUUAACAGUCAUAUCCUGUCACCCGUUAGUGAAGGCCUCUUCCAAAGAGCCAUAAUGAUGAGCGGAACUUUGUAUUCCAUGGACUACGUUGACACGACUCACGAGAGCAUCAUUAAGGGGAACGCCGUCGCGAGAUCUGUCGGUUGUGCUACGGAUGAUAAAGACUUGACGAGCUAUCCGGUCGAGGUUCUAAAGUGUUUGAGGUCGAAGUCGGCGGAAGAGCUCUGCCUGGCGUCCUCCGAAAUUGUAAGCCCUCGCAUAUUUGUUUUCCUUCCCACGUUUCACAACGAGUUUCUGCCUAAGCGCCCGAUUUCGGCGAUGCAGCGGGGAUUUUUUCAAAGCGUUCCCGUGUUGACAGGCGUGGUUACAGAAGAAGGUUCGUUCUCGGCUAUUUAUCCCAUGGUACACGAGGUACUCAGCGAGGAUCUUGAAGACGUGGACAAAGAAACGUUGAAGAUUGCCCUUAGAAGAAUGGUCGGAUCGUGGAUGAAGUACGACGUACCCGAAAUGGUAGAAUAUUAUGAAGAGGCAGCGUAUGACGACAAACAGCUACUUCGGAGAAAGAACGUUGAGCGUCUGGGAGACAGAGAGUUCUACUGUCCCACCACGCAGUUCGCGAAACACUACGCAGCACGGGGAAAUAAGGUGUAUUCGUACGUCUUCGGACACAGGUCUCAGAAGAGUUUGUAUCAAAAAUGGAUGGGAGUGCCGCACAGCUCUGAUAUUGAGUACUUCCUGGGCUUACCUCAGGUGUACGGGGAGCGGAGUACGGACGAGGACAAACGCAUGGCCAAGCUUACGGCAGAUAUGGUGGGAAGCUUCGUUAAGACAGGGACUCCUUCCUUCGGAGAUGAAGUCUGGCCGAUAUUCACUGAAGCGGAUCCCGUUGCGAUUCAACUUCAGCUCGAAAACCGCAACAAAGUUCGCAACUACCGACAGGAAUAUUGUGAGCUGUGGAAGAACUACUUUUGACAUUUACAGUAACGACUGGAUAUACUGCAGCUAAGAGGCACUUGUAUCACUACUUCUAUUUUGGCCUUUUACAAAAUCGCUUCCCUACAGAGCCUCUGAAUAGCCGCAACUAAAACACUUCUUUGUCCUUUCCUUGCAACCUGUCGUCCUUCACACGUAUAGUUCAAUGACUCCAUAAUUUUGAAAGUCUCGUAAUUCGUCUAAAUGUUAAAUUAUUAUUGUGUCUCAUGGUUGAGGUGCAGGGAAUGGGGAGACUCGCCUCGGACUCGGAGACUCGGAGAAAGAAAAAAAAAAGAAAACGAUACAUGACAUGGGCUCGCGUGUGACCGCAAGAUCCAGAUAUGCCUCACACGUGUGCGUUCUGUGACCAAUCUUGUUUGUGUUGUUCAACAAGUUGUUCAGUGAACAAUCAUCAAAACAUGUUUGUAAUGAUUUAUGCGGCUUAAAAGGUUAGUGAAAUUGUGUGAGUAUUGACAAACAAAACGUCCCUUCGUUACAACAGCUUUUUUUAUUACUUCGGAUGAAUUUACUAAACGAUAGUGCUACCAAUUUCAUCGUGAUUCGUGCAUGGACUUGGGGUGUAUUAUGCUCACUCCAAGUUCAAUCGCGUUACAGAAGCCGUCUUGUUUUUUACUUGUCCAUGUAGUUUGUGAAAGUGUGUCUUGCAGCGAAACAAGGGCGUCUUGAGAAUCUGCGAACCAGCAAAUACGCAGGAAUUUAUUAAAGUACCUCCGGAAGCUA